GUUCCCAGCCAGAGGCGCCUGGGGGAGGAAGCAGCAGCAUCAGCCUCAAGCAGUGCCGAGACCCCCCCAGGCCAGGGUCAUGGAGCUGUGGAAGCAGUGUGCCCACUGGCUCAUCCAGUGCCGCGUCCUGCCCCCCAACCACCGGGUGACCUGGGAUGGGGCUCAGGUCUGUGACCUGGCCCAGGCCCUGCGGGAUGGUGUUCUCCUUUGCCAGCUCCUCAACAACCUGCUACCCCAUGCCGUCAAUCUGCGGGAGAUCAACCUGCGGCCCCAGAUGUCCCAGUUCCUGUGUCUCAAGAACAUCCGGACCUUCCUGUCCACCUGCGGUGAGAAGUUCGGGCUGCGCAAGAGUGAGCUGUUUGAGGCUUUCGACCUGUUUGACGUCCAGGACUUUGCCAAGGUCAUUGGGACGCUGUCAACUCUGUCAUGGACACAGAUUGCCCAGAGCAAAGGGAUCAUGCCCUUCCCCACCGAAGACAGUGUCACGGACGACGAUGUGUACAGUGGCCUGUCAGAUCAGAUCGAUGACACAGUGGAGGAUGAUGAUGACCUCUAUGACUGUGUGGAGAAUGAAGAGGCUGAAGGCGAUGAGAUCUAUGAAGACCUGAUGAGAUCAGAGCCAUCCUCUGUGCCUCAAAAGAUGACUGAGCUGGACAAAAGGAACUGCUGCCUGCAGGAAAUCCGGCAGACAGAGGAGAAAUACACGGACACACUAGAAUCCAUCUACCAGCACUUUAAGAAGCCCCUGCAGCGGUUUCUGAAGCUGCAGGACAUUGAGAACAUCUUCAUUAACAUCGAGGAGCUCCUGCAUGUGCAUCAGUACUUCCUGGCAGAUCUACGAAGUGCCUUGUCCUUCAAUAAUGGCCAGAACCUCUACCAGGUCUUCAUUAAGUACAAGGAAAGGUUCCUUCUGUAUGGCAGAUACUGCAGCCAAGUGGAGGCAGCCAGCCGGUGGCUGGAUGCAGUGGCCAGUGCCAGCGUGGACGUGAGGAUGAAGUUGGAGGAGUGUUCCCAGCGAGCCAACAACGGGCGGUUCACUCUGCGUGACCUGCUUAUGGUGCCCAUGCAGCGGGUACUCAAGUACCACCUCCUUCUGCAGGAGCUUGUGAAACACACCACAGAGCCAAUGGAGAAGGAGAAUCUGAGGCUAGCAUUGGAUGCCACACGGGACCUGGCACAGUGUGUUAAUGAGAUCAAGCGAGACAACGAGACGCUCAAACAGAUCACCAACUUUCAGCUCUCCAUCGAGAAACUGUCAGAGUCCCUGGCCGAGUUUGGGCGGCCGAAGAUGGACGGGGAGUUGAAGGUGAUCAGCUCGGAGAAGCGCUCCAAAACUGACAGGUAUGCGUUUCUGCUGGACAAAGCCAUGAUCAUUUGCAAAAGGAAGGGGGACUCGUAUGAGAUGAAGGAGUUCAUCAACCUCCACAAUUAUCAGGUCCGGGAUGACUCACUGGGGGACAGGGAAAAUAAGAAGUGGACCCACAUGUUCUUUCUGAUCGACAGCUAUGGGGCGCAGGGUUACGAGCUGUACUUCAAGACCCGGGAGCUGAAGAAGAAGUGGAUGGAGCAGUUUGAAAUGGCUAUUUCCAACAUCUACCCUGAGAAUGCCACGGCCAACAGUCACGACUUCCAGAUGUACUCCUUUGAGGAGACAGCAUCCUGCAAGGCCUGCCAGAUGCUGCUCAGGGGCAUCUUUUACCAGGGCUAUCGCUGUAGUCGCUGCCGGGCACCAGCUCACAAAGAGUGUCUGGGGCGAGUGCCACCAUGUGGGAAGGCGCUUGCAGAUUCAGGGUCUGUGUUAAAAAAGAACAAAUCCAAUCGACACACCCAGGAGAAAAGGAAGAAUGACCUUGGUUUGCCUAAGAUGGAGGUCUGCCAGGACUAUUAUGGACUGCCGCCGCCACCUGUAGCUUUCGGCCUGCCCUUGCGUCUCAACCAGGGCGACAUCAUAGAGCUGACAAAAGCUGAGGCAGAACAGAUCUGGUGGGAGGGAAGAAACACAUCCACGAAUGAGGUCGGUUGGUUCCCCUGCAGGAAGGUGAAGCCGUAUGUGUAUACACCUCCCCCAGAUCUCUCCAUUUACUCUUGGUACGCUGGCCCCAUGGAGCGAGCAGAGGCAGAACAAGUCCUCAGCAGCCGCUCUGAUGGAACCUUCUUGGUGCGGCAACGGGUCAAGGAUGCAGCUGAGUUUGCCAUCAGCAUCAAGUUCAAUGUGGAGGUGAAGCACAUCAAGAUCCUGACAUCAGAGGGGCUGUAUCGCAUCACAGAGAAGAAGGCCUUCAAAGGGCUCAUUGAGCUGGUGGAGUUCUACCAGCAGAGCUCCCUCAAGGACUGCUUCAAGACCCUUGACACCACCCUGCAGUUUCCCUUCAAGGAUCCUGAGCGACGGAGCACCCCCCGGCCUCCUGGAGGAGGGCUGCGGUACUUUGGGUCAGCCAAAGCCCGAUAUGACUUCUGUGCACGGGACCGGACGGAGUUGACACUGCAGGAGGGCGAUGUCAUCCGCAUUCUGUCCAAGAAGGGGAACCCGGGCUGGUGGAAGGGCGAGAUCUAUGGGCGGGUCGGCUGGUUCCCUGCAAAUUAUGUGGAAGAAGAUUACUCCGAAUACUGCUGAGAUCGGGCCACCUGUGGGUCAGGCCCUGCUUUGACGUUCCCCUGAGAUCAUGACCCCAAGCAGCCUCUGCCUGGAGCUGUGGCCAUGGCUGUAACCACUUUGGUCCCCUGAUGGGUCCCUGUAGCAAGAAGUCCUAUUGUGUUCUGCGGCUGGCGGAAGGCAUGGCCAUGGGUCAACCCUCCCCCCCUCCCCCCCGCCUGUUGAUUAAUUUAUGAACCUUUGAGAUCCUCCUUCUCUUGCCUCUGACAUGUUUUAAGGAAGUUACCUGUCAAAUAAAUCAAAUUGAAGGCCAGCAAAUGUGGUUCCUUUGCCCCUUCCAGCAGAGAUGCCUCUUAUCUCCCAGCUGUGCCAUGAAUUCUUGAUCGGGGCAUGAAUGCCCAUCUACUGUAUUUUCAAGCAGACAACACACCCCCAGAAUAUG